AUGGCUUUGGUCUGCCAGGCAAGUACAAAUUGCAUGAGAAACAAGAUAUCGUGGGCAGAAGUCACCAUUAAAACAGGUCAACUCAAGCUCCAGCAAGCCUCUGUCGCCGUCGUCGGCGCGGGCGGUCUCGGUUGCCCUGCUCUCCAGUAUCUAGCUGCCGCCGGUGUUGGUCGCAUAGGCAUCAUCGACCACGAUGUCGUAGAGAUCUCGAAUCUCCAGCGUCAGGUUCUGCAUACCGAGGCCCGAGUUGGUAUGCACAAAGUGCUGUCCGCUGCCAAAGCCAUCGAACAAAUCAACUCUCGCAUACGAGUAGAGCCCGUAACUUCCGCUCUAACAGCCAGCAACGCCCAGACCCUUCUUGCAGACUACGACAUCAUUUUGGAUUGCACCGACAACCUCCCAACCCGGUAUCUGCUGUCCGAUACAGCUGUGCAGCUGAACCGCCCGCUCGUCAGCGGCGCGGCACAGCAAUUUGACGGCCAACUGUGCAUCUACAAUCUAGGGCCUGGACAGGGACCAUGCUUCCGCUGCCUUUUCCCGAAACCCCCUGCACCCGAGAUGGCGGGCUCGUGCGAGGAGUUGGGCAUCCUCGGCGCGGUCACAGGCGUCAUCGGCACCUUGCAAGCUAUGGAAGCUAUCAAAUUAAUUACAGGUCUGCACGACGGGAGACCGACGCUUCUCAUGUAUUCCGCAUUAAGUGCGCUGCCCUUCCGCAAUAUCAAGCUUCGAGCACGACGACCGACAUGUCCCUCCUGCGGCACGGAAGACGAGAAGGUGGGAAAGAUUGGGGAGACUGAUUAUGUUGCGUUCUGUGGUGGCCAACGACCAGACUGGGUUGCUAGAGGGCUUGUAGAAGGACAUGAGAAUCUACGAAUACGCGCAAAGGAACUGAAGGACCUUUUGAUGACCGGACGGAGGGUCCGCAUCAUAGACUAUGAGAUGCCAUUUGAUACCGAGCAGUACGCGAUGUCGACUAACAUCCCCCGGUCAGAUAUUCCCUUAAAGGUAUUUGUUGCAAAUCCGGCAGCGCAUCUCAGUACCACGGAUGAGACAAGCGAGAAAGCAAUAGGGUGUUCGACUUUGAAUAAUGCAACGCUAGAGCUUACAGAAGAUACCUACCUAGUUUGUCGACUGGGAAACGAUUCUCAGAUCGCGGUGGAAGCUCUGAAAAGUGUGGGGAUGAAAGGUGUGAUUAAGGAUGUGAUAGGUGGACUCAGAGCUUGGGCGAAAGAAGUAGACGAGAUGUUUCCUGUAUACUAG